AUGCUGCGUCGCACAUCGCAAUGUCUGUCACGGCGGCAGGCUUCGCUCCUCAAGCCACGCUGUCUGAGCACCACAAUUCCGCGUAGACUGGCAACUCCGACUUCUGAAUUCGCUCCAACGUGGGACAAGAUCAAAGACACAUUGAAGGCUCCGGUUGAUCAUUUCGUCUCCCAAGCCCGCCCUUCGUAUACCACCGAGACUCCCUCUCCUCCAUCUGAAGAUAUCAUUCGUACAUGCACUGUCUUGACUUCGGACCCCUCCAAAACAUCUCUCCAGGAACUCCUCGAUCGCAUACCACAAUUCCAACCAGGGAACGAGUCGGGUCUCUUUACCGACUUCCUCCUUCUCGUCACACCUUCCUACGCCGCCAGUCUGCGAAAACAGAAACAGGUCAUCGAACACGCACUGACGCGCAUUUUCCCUGUACAAGAAUUGGACAAGGGUCUACACAAUAAACUUGGCGGAGACUCUCGAGAAGCCGUCAGACUCGUCGCCGCUGUAGUCGACAGACUUCCUAAGCCCUCUGGUCUGUCGGCUUCUGCCGUCGGCGACAGUGGCUCAGAAGGCAUCGCUCUGAGACUGUUAGCGAAUGAGAACCCAAUCUGGAAGCCCGAAGUCACAAUUGACGGCCCUCGCGUCGAAGCAAACCUCUCAGACAACAAGUUCCGCUUUUUGAGCUUCCACCUCAACGACGCGUCUACCCCUGCGAACAUGCUUCCAAUCGUCCAACUUCCUCUGGCCAACACUAUUUUCCACAAUGGUCUUCCCUCUACUUUGAUCUGGCGCAAGUAUGCAGUACAACAAGGCGGAAAGGGUCUCGUCCAGAUAGACGAAAAGCUUUGUGACUCGCAUCGUGUCAAGCUGCCUCAGCAGCUGGGACGUAACGAUACCAACACGCUCACUUCCUCGGUACCUCUUGUUCCACUGACAUCUGCCAGAACUGUUGUCGCAUGUAUGGGAAACAUCAUCCGUCGAUUGUCUGGCAAUUCUGGUCUGGUCACCCAAGAUGACACGAAAGAGGCCAUCCUAGCAUCUCACGAACUCGAACAGUCCGUCACCUCGUAUCACAAAACUCGCGGACUUUCUCCACGCGCCGUCUCUGUCUGGGCUCUAGUGAUCCCCGAGAAGACCUUCACUGGAGGUUUGUCCAUGGCUACCAAAGUCCUCGGCGAGAGGAAUCUGCCUGAGUUGUGGAAGGCUGCCUCUGAUCAUGAUACCGAUCCUUCCCAACCAAACCUUUUGACCUUGCUACAGCAUGGAGCUCGUCUUCACAAAGUCCUGUCUGGAGGUGGUGGUUGGGGCAAGAAGGCCGGUCUCUUGUCUUUGGAUCCCGACAGUGGCUAUGGACAGCAUCCGCCAUGGGAGGAGAUUAGCCCUGCACAGCAAACAGAGCCGGAGUACAUCCAAGGUCUAUCACCCGUGCCGGCAGACCUGCAGCACAUCUGGGGUUUCGAGCCUCAGGAACUCCCCAGUAUCGUUAACAGGGGUGAUUAUAUCCAGUUUUAUAUUUCACCAUCAGCAUCGUCUGAAGAACAGCUUGUACAAACGGAUGCACCUGCGGACACCUCGAUUCAGACCACUUCGAAUGUCAAGACUAUAGAGUUUGGCUGUAUUCCCAGCACUGUCGAUGACAUGCCAAGCACUCAAGCAUCUUCGACAGAAAGGCAUGGUGUCGUGCAAACAUAUCCGAAUCACUUCGGUGCGUUGUCUGAAACCGGCAUCGCAAUGUUCUUCGGUCUGCACUCAGACAAAGCCUCAUCACCUAAUGUACAUGACGCGGCCGAUGCGGCCACUAAGGUAGAUGUGCCUUUCAGUCGCAUCAGAUCUCGAUCGCAGUCCUCUAAGCCUAAACAGGCUCAGACGGGUUUUGCAUUCUCACCUACCCAGUCGCUCCAGUCACGUUUCUCUGGCCUGUACAUCUCACGUCCGCUUUUGUAG